CUUUCGUUUGGGUAGUCAACAGUCGCUCGCUGGAUACCGCCCACACUUAAGACUUAGUUAAAGGAUAUACCUAUACUCCCCUUCCAACAUGUACAAGUUCAUCUUCCUUGUCUGCUCUGCCAUGCUGCUCAGCUAUGUCCUGGCCAGACCCCAGGAUCAGCGGGCAGGAGCUGCUAGUGCCUCAACCACAACCACACCUGCCACCAUUGUAAAGCAGGAUAAUGUGAACAAUGCCGAUGGAAGCUUCAACAGCAGCUACGAGACCUCGAACGGAAUACGCGUGGAGAACAUUGGCUACCUGAAGAAGAUUAUCGUUCCCAAGACCGAGACCUCCGAUGGCCAGGUGAUCGAUGAGCACGAGGAGUUGGUGCUGGUUCAAACUGGAUCCUACAGCUACAGCGAUCCCGAUGGCAACAUCAUCACCCUGCGCUAUGUGGCCGAUGAGAAUGGUUUCCAGCCCGAGGGUGACCAUCUGCCCGUGGCCCCGCAAUAGUUUUAUCUUAAUUCCAUAGCCCUAAAUAAUAUUUCGCUUGAAAGUAUUAUGCACUGCCUGAAUGCCAUACGAAAUUGAAAUGUCUACAUUCCGUAGUUAGUUUUAAGUAAAAACAUACACAAGACACACACACCGAUCAAACUGCCUGCAAAAAGAGAGAAAUAAAUAUUGGAAACGAUAAUGAAAACGA